UAUAUAUACACUAACACCAUUGCCAUCACCAAAACAUGUUCACUUAACAUCUUGCUUUACCUCAUUCUUUCAAAUCACAAUGCAUUUCACCUUCCCUUCACUUCCUCUUCUUUCCAUUCUCCUCUUCCUUCUCCCAUCUCCAAUCCAAUCUCAAAUGUGCCAAAGAAGCUGUGGAAAACAACCUCUCAAGUAUCCAUUCGGAGGCGGCCCGGGUUGCGGCGACCCUCGAUUCCAACCACACAUAUCUUGCAACCAACAAAAACUCACUUUCACAACACACACUGGCUCUUACCUUAUAACUUCAAUUGACUACACAAAUCAAAUCAUACACAUUUCAGAUUCAUCCAUGUCAACAUGUUCUUGUACUUUACCUAGCAAAGGAUUCGGCUUAGAUUGGAACGCCCCGUUCGCUUUCGAUGAUAGUACUAUAUUCGCUUUAGUAGAUUGUUCGACGAACUCAUCUUCAAUAUGCAAAUCAAGAAGUUAUGAUGAUGGAAACAAUUCUAAGCUUCAAUGUGAUCAAAGUACACAAAUUUGUGAUGUUCUUUAUUCUUGCAGGCCUAUUAGUACUAAUAUUAACCUUCCAAUUUCAACAUGUUGUGUUUAUGCACCUGUUAAUCUUGGCCCUUCAUUUGAAAUGGAUCUUAUGAAACUGCAAUGUGAUUCAUAUACUGGUUUUUAUAACUACAAUGAUCAAGAAAUUGAUCCUGAAAAGUGGAACUAUGGAAUAGCAUUGAAGUAUAAGUUUAGUGUCACAGAUGAUUAUCCUAGCUCAUGUGAAGCAUGUGAAAGGAGUUAUGGAUUUUGUGGUUAUAGUGAAGCUUAUAAUUCAUUUUUAUGCAACUGUCCUAAUGGAAUUAACACUACAACAGAUUGUUUCUUCACAUCAUCUUAUAGUAAUGGUUAUAGAAAUGGGGUUACUUGGUUGAUCUAUGUUGUGGCAUGGUUUUUGGUUAGCCUCAUCGUGUAAGUUAUGGAUUGUACUUAAUUGAAGCUUAUGAUCACCCAAGUUUAUGUGUGACUUAUUGGUUAAAAGAAUUAGGCCAUUCAUUUCUUGUGUACUAUGGUUAAAGAUGUGUGCACAUGCAACUUGUAGUUGACUCAUUUGAAUCUUCUCUGUUCAUCAUGUUACUGAAUUCAGUUACUUUUCUACUAACUUAUAGCUAAUAAUUUUUGGUGGCUUAUAACUUCAUGACCAAAAUA